AUGAAACAACAAGCAACUGCUGGCAACACAUUCAGCUAAGUUUCGUUAAGUCAUCUCCAGCAAGAGUAGAGAGAGGAGCAGUUUUCGACCAAAAAGAGAAAACUAGACUAGAUUUCACAGUAGGACGAGAGCACUAUGUAGAUUGGAAGUAGUCUAUAGCUAGAGAGGAAACUCAGCAAUAUUCUCAGCUAUCCAUCUUUUUAGAUUAAAUAAGAUCAAUUGAGCGGAUAGCAAGAUUUUUCAUUGUCUAAGAGAAGAAAGAUGAAUGAUGUGACAGUUAACGAUGCAAAGUAUCUCUUUAAUAAGAUAGAUCCCUAGUCUUAAGGGAAUUCUAAGAGUAAACAGCAGCCUCUACGAUUGAUAUCCAAUGAUAACAUGAUAAAUCAAGUCUAGAGUUCAUAUUAGUCAGAUCUCUAUAUCUCACAGAAGAAGCAUGCUUUUUCUCAUCAAUCAGACUCUAAAUUUAAAGUUAAUGGGAAAGGACGAGUUGAGUUCCAAAAUUUGAGAUAAAACCAAAUGACACAAAGUAGGAAUGCAAACUACUCAAGCAUGGCAAACUUUGACAAUUUUUCAGAUCACUUAUCUUCUCAUCAAUAAUUCGUGGAGGAAGAAUCAGCUCACUCAAUUAACACUUAAUCAUAAAAUGUUGAUAUCAGUAUGGGGAUCUAGCAAAUGAAUAUCAAAUCGCCUUCCAAAAGGCUUUCAAGAAUAAGCGAGGUAAGUCAUGAUCUUGCUAAGAGUUUGAAUCGAUAAGCCAGGAGGUCUCAAUCUCAUUAUGAGAAAACUAAUACUUCAGGUGCAAGGCAGACUGCUGACAAUUACAUCAAUUAUGGGCAGGAAGAUAUGAUCAUUGAGUCUGACUUAAUUUAAAACCGAGAAAAUGUAGAAAUCCUAAGCGAUCACGCCUAAAUAGGCACACCUAACUAAGAACAGGAGGAUUUCUAGGAUGAUGAUCGCUUCCCGGAAUUCAGUCAGAUAUAUAUCUAGGAAGACCAAUCAAUGGUAUCUUAUGACUCAAUAAAGCAAGAUGAGCAUUUGCUGUCUGACUUCCUUAUUCAAAAGUAGUACUAUCAAGAGCUGACAAGAGAUGAAUAAAGAGGUUUUUGCUAUGUGCCUAUUUUACCCCCUGGCUAUGAACACGAGGACAUAGAUCCCUUAAACACAGCGAUGAUUCAAUAAAUUUAAUCACUGCCAGGUUCAAAGAUCAAGGACUUCUCAAGACCCAUGAUAUUAAAGCAGUCAUUGAGGACUAAACAAUUCAGGUCGAAGUCUUGGAGUUUCACUAAUUAUUACGACUGA